CCAAAUGUCAGACGUAGAGGAUUGGGAAUAAUAUGCUGACGAAGAAUAGGAGGAAAAGUAAGAAUAGAAGGAAGAUGACAAGUCUAAAUAACCUUAAACUUAAUAGUAGAAAUCAGAAGUACAAUCAAAGGAAUCAGACAUGAACAAUGUCUUCGAUUUAUUUGGAGGAGAUAAACCAGUUAAGAAAAAUAUUGGAUAAGUGGAUCUGAAGAAAAUUGGUGAGAAUUUUGCUGCUGCUUUGUAAAACGUGGGUCCUAACUAUACAACCGAAUUCUUGAAGACCUUGUUAACUAAGUUGGAAGGAAAAUUAUUGUUGAAUCAUUAUGAGGAGUUGUUCAAAGCAGUGGAGGAAAUUUACAUUAAAAAAAGGAAGCAAUUUGAAGCAGAAGAAGCCAUAAAGAAGAAGAGUCAAAUGCAAGGACCACCAAAGGGAGUUUCAUUUGGAAAGACUAAAAACAUUGUGGAAGAUGAAGAAGAGGACUUUGAUAAUGUUGAUGAUGAUGAUGAUUUCAUGUGA